AUGGCAGCUAUUUUGCCCCCUUCUGGACCCGAAUCUCAACUUACACCCAAACAAGAGGCUAACACUCCUGUCUUUAUGGGCAGCACAUCUCUGCGUGCACACACUGCCUUUGUAAAUAAGCUUCUCAAGGAAAGAGUCUUGGGAUCAACUGACUUUGACGAUCUGGCUCCCCAGAUGCAAGCCGCCAUUUCUACUUUAGAGCAUACUGUGUCCGAUCAGAAUACUUUGGGGGUAACAUUCUCCCUCCUAUGCUGCUUCAUGACAAUAGACGACUCUAUCAAACACUGCAACAAAGUGUGCUUCGCCAUCGAAGGCUUCAACCUCACAGAUUACAUUAUAGUUAAUGGAGGGCUUUACUACUUGUUUAAUGAGAAAGCUCAUAAUAUUAACAUUGGCGCAGAGAAAGCAAGUUAUGUUCAAUAUCAUACCAUGUGCAAAUCAAAUCUUGAAUUGGCACUAAGUAACCUGGGCUUCUUCAUGGAUUCAAGCAAAGAGAAUAUUGCGGCUCUCCUAUUCGGUGUGAUCUAUGCCAUUGAGAUUUCGAGGCCUCUACUCGCCUUGAAAAUGAAUCAUUCGGCGAUCCAAAUGUGUGAGACAUUGGGCUACCAUCGCCUUCCCAUGAGCGCCGGUAUAUCCAACUAUGAUACCCAACUGUCCUCCGAGUCGAACCUUUUCUGGUACGCGUACAUGAUAGACAAGGGGCUGGCCUUGAGGCUAGGCAGAUCGUCUGCCAUUCGAGAUCAAGAUAUCACUAUACCUGUGAUAGCGAGCUCAUCGUCAUUAAUAAACCCAUCAGAACAGUUUUUCAAUUCGUGGGUCCGACACUCAAAAGUCCAAGGGAGAAUUUAUGACGAGUUGUAUAGCUUCACAGCGCUGUCCUCAACGCACGCGGAGAGAAUGCAGCGUGGCCUAGUCCUGGCCGAGGAAGUCAAGUCCUUAAUACAAGUGACCACAGAUCUCCUCCCGAAUGUCACAUGCAAGGAAAAUGCGGGGAAAUACCAGCUGGAUGGUGUCAAUUCUCUUGAAGUUAGCUCGAAGUCAGAAAUUGUCACACUUCAUGCGACAUUAACCCUUAUAUACCGCGCUGUCAGGACGCUUAUCGUGACGCCCUUUAUACCAUUCAUCAUUAUUUUUUGCCAUGCGGCUGAGUCGUCGAGUGAUAUUGAUCUUCAUCUACUUCGGGAAUUUGUCCAAUCAUUACAAGGGAUUCGUAAUGUAUCUGAAGCCAUUGACCAACUUCUCUCGCUAGCCGAGGUUCUUCUCCACAUUGCUGUGCUCUGCAAAGAGGCAAAUAGAGAGAAUGCAGAGGUCCAACAGUCACUGCUCAUAGGACCUGAGUUCGAGCUUUAUUUCAGUCAAUGUGGCUUCAUGCCCCCUCUGUUUGACGAGAUGACGUUCCGCGAGGGGCUCGGAGGGUCUUAG